AUUGUUUUGACGUCUCUAUUUCAUACGCUGAAGUGUAGACUGUAGCCAUUUUAUCGCUGUAGUUUUGCUCAAUUUUUCAGAGUUUUUGCUCUUUUUUAAAAUGGCUACAGGAACGGACCGUGCUGCAGGAUAUGGAAUGAUGCUAGUUAGUGCUGUAAUAUUUGUGUAUUACACGAUAUGGGUCGUUCUACUGCCAUUUGUAGAGAAAGGUCAUGCUAUCCAGAGAUUAUUUCCACCACGAAUGUAUGCUGUCAUAAUUCCAGUUGUUGCUGGUCUGGUGUUACUAGGAGUAAUAGGAAUAUUUGUUGCUGUUGUGAUGAUCAAAAGCAAGAAACCAACACCAAAGAAAGACAGUUGAAGAACAAAAUGAUAAUUUUAUAAUUAGGAUCAACAAUAAUUAUUAGGAAAGUUUUUGUAUGUUAAGCAUUGUAACAUAGGCAUGCACAUUGAGGGCAGAGUUUUGAAAACAAAGGAGCAGGUUGCUUUAACCAUCAGAAAAGCACCAUGGAAUGCCUCAUGUUUUAAACCACCUGAUGUACACUCUGGUGUAAAUUAUGAUAAAAAGUAAAGAUUUUCACUAUUAACCCAA